AGUCAUAACAAGCAAACGUUGAAGCAGUACUAAUUCAUAAAGACUAAUGGCAUCCUCCCAAGUUCUUGAGUGUGAGGCAACCAUAAUUGGGGUUGAGCUGGCGGCAGCCAUCCCCGAUGAGGUGGUAGAUGUUGUUGUUCAUGAUGAAGUAGUAGUAGUUGUAGAAGAAGAACUAGAAGCAGAUAUUAUCAUUGAAGUUGAUGAUGAUGACGACGAUGAGGAAGAUAAUGAGAUCGUCCCUACUUGUGACACUUUGCAAACUGAAAUACAAGUGGAGGACGAGGAAGAUAAUGAGAUCGUCCCUACUCGUAACAGUUUGCAAACUGAAAUACAAAUGGAGGACGAGGAAGAAGAUGUCAUUGAAGAAGAAGAAGAAGAAGUAACAGCUGCAGAGCAUCCAGAACAAAGGAUCAGUGGCAUCAAGGGAGUUGGGGCGUUAGUGCUCCUCCAGCUUGUCUUCCAGAGCUUGGGAGUUGUUUAUGGAGACAUGGGGACUUCUCCCCUCUAUGCUUUUCCAAGCAUAUUUCCUAAGGGGAUUAGGCACGAGGAUGACAUCCUCGGGGUGUUGGGGUUAAUUUACUACACCCUCACCCUAAUUCCAUUGAUAAAAUAUGUUUGCAUUUAUCUCCAUGCAAACUAUAAUGGAGAAGGUGGGACAUUUGCUAUGUACAUGUUGGUAUGUGAGCAUGUCAAGUUAAGACGCUCGGCCAAAUGUAUAUUGUUUGGUGCCACCAUUAUUGGCACUUCUAUGGUCAUUUGCGAUGGUGUUCUUACGCCUUCAAUUUCAGUUUUGUCUGCAGUGGGAGGGAUCCAAGAGGCAACAACAAGGCUUAAGGAUGCUCCAAUUCGGUCUUCAGCCGGGCAGCGUAGUCUUCGUGACUAGUGCCUCCCGAGGAAAGUGAUUCCGAGGAUCCAGCUUCACAGCCCCGCCCGAAGACCUGGUUCUUGUUGUUCCCCACCACCUCGACGUACAACCCAAGGUCAUCUUCUAGUUCUUCCUCAGCAACAUCAUCAAGACUUAUAGAAUUGGACCCCGAUCUGGAUGCGGCUUACUUCUUUAGAAGGAGCUUCUCCUUGUAGUCUUUCUACAUAAAUCACAAUUUAAAGAACUAAUUAAAAUGUGAUUAAUUUUUUUUUGUAAACAAUAUUUACUAAUUGCAAUUCAAAUAAUUAAAUAACCUUGAUUUUA